AUGACUGCACCUGGUAAAGCAAGAGUUGCAUUAUGGUUAACUACAUUAUUUAUAGUAACUCUUGGUAGUCUAGGAUCUAUUAUAUAUAAUAAACCAUUAGGAUUAAAAGGACUAGGAGUAGCCGAUCCAAUACCUGGUCAAGUUUGGUACAAUGGAGUGAUUGCUGUCAAUGCCGCCUUGUUUGCUUGUAUUGUCUUUGAACUUUUAAAUAGAACUUGGUUAAUGAUGGUUGGAGCAACUUGUGUUGAUCAAAGAAGAGAUUCUGUUUUUUGUUUUGUUUAUUCAAUGGUUAAAUGGUGGAAAUUAUUAAUGAUAUUGAGUGUCAUUGCAGCAUUUAUUUUAUCAUUAGGUACAGGACUCAUAUUUUUAAUUGGCAAAGGUAAUGCCAAAAAUCCAAUCGAUAUUCCUAGAUUGAUAGCCACCGAUGCUGUUGCAUUUAUCGAAUUAUUCUUUUCAACAUUUAGUUAUCUUCAAUCUCGUGGAUUACAAAAGAAACAAGAUGAAGAAGAAGAAGCUCUUCAUGCCUCCUUUGGCAAAGAGAGAUACAAUAAUGAGAGAAACUUAGGAAUGGAAGAUAAAUGUUAUUUCAAAUAUAGAGAGAUAUCAGAUAUUAUAUUAUUCAAGAUCAUUGGAUUUGUAGAUGACAAUGUAGAUAUCAUCUGUUUGAUGAUGACAUGUAAAGCGUUCUAUAAUGAUUGUAGAUCAAUGCUUGAAACAAUGUAUGAAACGAAACGUCAAGUCUUGUCAUUGACACAACAACCGAUAGUCGUAUUUAAAAGAGUUGAAAGUACACCUGAAUGGUUAUCUUUUAAAUUAAAUAUUAGACAAGCAUUUGGAAAUAUAUACAAUACUAGUUUCUUGUUGGAACAAAGACUCAAAAAGGAGAAAAAGGAACAAAUGGAAAUCAAAGAGUUUGAAGUAGUGAAUCAAAAGAUUGACUCUUUUAAACAAAUCGUAUCAAGUAAUGUGGAGUGCUUGGUAGUCAAUAAUUGCGAGUUUACUAUUGACAAGAACGACUUUUACCCAAGUUUAAAGGAUUUUAUUAUAACUUGUGAUGUAGAUCAACCAAUAUUUCCAACCAUUCAAUCGUGGCCACAAACACUUACCAAAUUGUGUAUUGGCACUCAUUCCAUAUAUCUGCAACCUGAUAUCCAAAAGAGUCUCCCACCAUCAUUGACCACACUCGACAUCUCUUUUGACGAUGAAGAACCAUUUCAACUCGCCCAUCUUGGUCAUCUCACACAAUUGACUUGUCUGAAUGUCGCAUCGGCAAGUUUCGUUCCUAUUCCUUCCGACGAUUUCAAGAUACCUCCAAACCUAGAGAGGUUGGUGUUAUACUUUUACCUUGAAGUAACCACAGACCAGGCCGACUACUAUCCAACUAGUCUCACAACCAUGUCUACACGUUCAGUCUUUAAAGAUGAUCAAGAUCAGUGCCAACCUAUCCUCCCAUCGACCCUCACAUCACUCUAUAUUGGGUUUUGUGAUUGUUUUUUGUCGCUAGGAUACAUUCCACAAACAGUGAUAGAUCUAGACAUCACAUUUUCAAACGGAGCAAUCGACAAGGUCAUUCCAACAGGUGUGCAAACUCUACGCAUCAUAAACCAAACCACCCGUCACCUACCACCAGAUUGCAUCCCAGACUCUGUCACUCAUCUUAAAUACCAUAGUAUUUACCGGUCGGUACCAGUCGCCAUUACACACAACAUGCAACAACUAUCUUGUCCGGGGUAUGAUCGAAAUCAAGUGUUGGUACCCGACAUACCUUCCUCCCUCAAAUCGAUCGACUACACCUUCCCAUUGACUUUAGUUCAACCCUUUCCCAUUUUCUAUUUGCCAACUUCUUUAGAAGAAUUAACAUUGCCUCUUGUUAAUAUUUCCGACUAUCAUUCAAAUCAUCCUUUUGACCGUCUUCCCAUCUAUUCACUGCCCACCAAUGACAUUUAUAUCAUCAACAAUACCCAAGAUAUCAAUGACCAACUAUACAAGAAACAAGAUUUGGUCAUACCAUACAACAUCAAAAGGUUAACUUGUAAAUUGGAUACCGGACACGACCCUGUGGAAUCAUAUUGUAUCAGAAUUGAUCAAAUCAUUUACAACACUAGAAUCACUUCCCUCUCCAUCUAUGACCAAAAUCGAUAUUGUCAACUUGAUUUUCAAGUUAGAAGAUUGGGAAAUGAUGAUAUUAGUAUCUACAAUCAUACUAGUAACUUUAUUCUAAUUUCAAAUAAUACUUUAUUUGGUGGAAUCUUUAUCAAUAAUAAUCAUAGUGAAAAAUUAUAUCUUCAUUAUUCUUUUGUUUUUAAUCAAUAUAAAGUUUUUAUAUCAGAAUCACCUCUACCUUUUAAAUAA